CCAACAAUAUAAACAAUUUUGUUCUCAAUAAAGAAACUAAAAAAAGUUAUUAUAAUAUGGUGGAAAUACGAACCGUCUAUGUCACGGUUGGAAGUACGAAAUUUGAUGCCCUUAUAAAAACUGUAACUACGGACGAAGUUCUGAAAAUACUGCAAUCAAAUGGAUGCAAAAAUCUCAUUCUACAAAUCGGAAAAGGCUUGAGAAUCAACGAGCAGGAUAUCGCCAUUAAAUAUGGCAUGCAUGUGGAACAAUAUGAUUUUAAAAUUGAAUCCAAACGUAUGGAUAUUAUAAAUGCUGAUCUGGUUAUUGGUCAUGCUGGAGCUGGCACUUGUUUGGAUAUAUUGACUAAUCGAAAACCCGGAGUACUAGUAAUCAACGAUAAAUUGAUGAAUAAUCAUCAGCAAGAGUUGGCUCUGCACAUGGAAAAGGAAGGCUACUUGAAAUGUUGCACAGUGGAGGAGCUGGAAAAUUGCUUGCAAAACUUGAAUGUCAAUGAACGUAACUUAUAUGAACCGGGUAAAAACAUGAGCAGUUUUGUUGAAUUUAUGGACGAUUUAAUGGUUAAUUAAAUAAAGCUUUAGUUGAAUUCAAUUAUAAA